UCUUCUCUUCUUGAAAAGCUAUAAUCUUUUCUUUUUCUCUCAAACAUUCUAUUUUCUUGCUCAUACUUCCUUUCUUUCUUUUUCCUGCAAAAGAUUUCUCAUACAUACACUCAUAAUCACAUCCUUUUAAUUUGCUAAAGAGAAAAAAAAAAAAUGAGCCUCUUGUCUAGAAAAGCCAUGUGCAACACUCAUGGCCAAGAUUCUUCUUACUUCCUAGGAUGGCAGGAAUACGAGAAGAACCCAUACGAUGAGAUCAAGAAUCCAACAGGAAUUAUUCAAAUGGGUCUUGCAGAGAAUCAACUCUCUUUUGAUCAUCUUGAAUCUUGGCUUGCAAACAAUCCUGAUGCUGCAAGCUUCAAGAAAGAUGGUCAAUCCAUUUUUAGAGAGCUUGCUCUGUUUCAAGAUUACCAUGGCCUCCCUCUUUUCAAAAAAGCAUUGGUGGAUUUUAUGGCAGAAAUAAGAGGAAACAAAGUAACGUUUGAUCAAAACAAAAUAGUACUAACUGCUGGUGCAACUCCUGCUAAUGAAACUCUAAUGUUUUGUUUAGCACAGACCGGCGAGGCCUUUCUUCUACCAACUCCAUACUAUCCAGGAUUUGAUAGAGAUCUCAAGUGGAGAACCGAAGUUGAAAUAGUACCAAUUCAUUGUACAAGCUCAAACGGCUUUCAAAUUACCGCAUCAGCUCUAGAAGAAGCUUAUCUAGAAGCUGAAAAAAGAAACUUAAGAGUUAAGGGUGUUUUGGUCACAAACCCUUCAAACCCAUUAGGCACAUCAAUGACAAGAAGUGAAUUAAAUCUUCUUGUAAACUUUAUUACAGCCAAAAAAAUUCAUCUAAUAAGCGAUGAAAUAUAUUCAGGCACUGUUUUUAGCUCGCCAUCGUUCGUCAGUAUCAUGGAAGUUUUGAAAGAUAGAAAAUGUGAAAAUACUGAAGUGUGGAGUAGAGUACACAUUGUUUAUAGUCUAUCAAAAGAUCUUGGGCUACCCGGAUUUCGAGUUGGUGCAAUUUAUUCAAACGAUGAUACGGUUGUUUCUGCAGCAACUAAGAUGUCAAGCUUUGGUUUAGUUUCUUCUCAAACCCAAUAUCUUUUAGCUGCUCUUCUUUCUGAUAAAAAGUUUACAAAGAACUAUAUUCAAGAAAAUCAAAGAAGGCUUAAGAACCGGCAAAAAUUGCUCGUAAAAGGCCUUGAAAAAGCCGGUAUCAGUUGUUUGAAGAGCAAUGCAGGCUUGUUUUGCUGGGUUAACAUGAAACAUCUGUUAAAAUCCAACACAUUCGAAGCAGAAAUGGAGCUAUGGAAAAAAAUUGUUUAUGAUGUUAAGUUAAAUAUUUCUCCCGGUUCUUCUUGCCAUUGCACUGAACCGGGUUGGUUUCGGGUCUGCUUCGCUAAUAUGUCCGAAGAAACAUUAAACCUAGCUUUGGAUCGGUUAAAGUCCUUUGUUGACUCGAUGUCGAGCCUUAGCCAACAUCAGACGACAAAAAAUGCAAGAAAGAAAUCUCUCACCAAGUGGGUUUUCCGGCUGUCGUUUCAUGACCGUGAGCCUGAAGAACGAUAGUCUGGUUUUUGUUCAUGUGUUAAGAACCCACCCACAUACAUCAAGGGGGAGUCCACGUCAACACCAUUAUUUUUUUUUUUUUUACUCCAAAAUAAUUUUUGGUGGAUAUUUUUUUUUUCUUUUGUAAUAUUAGAAAGCACUCAAGUCCAGUUGUUUCAAUGGAUCUUGCAGUGGCUCUAAAUCCUUUAAUUAAUUUGUUCUUGUACUUGUAAACUCUUGUGUCUAGCGUUAUA